CAAUUUCGUGACACUCGAAUCGUUUCCGGGGGCCUCCAUUCCGUAUUUCAAAAUCGAUACGAUGGAUUAUGAAAAUGAGCUGAAAAUACACUAGAUCUAGUCAUAGAUUGUAGAAAAAGACUGUUCAAUGAGAUGCAAUCAGCAUUGAGUUCUUCAAACGAGAUUAAAGUUGUACUACUCGGCAAACAGAACGGAGGCAAAUCAUGUCUGCUUAUAAGAUAUUUACAUGACAAGUAUAACCCAAGUAAAGUAAGUACGACAAUAGGAGCAGGGUACGGAAGUCGAAGUGUGCUUGUCGACUGUACCAAUGUUACGCUCGGCAUCUGGGACACGGCUGGGUCAGAAAAGUAUAACGCAAUGAGUCGCGUGUAUUACCGAGGAGCGGUGGCAGCUCUUGUUUGCUACGAUUUGACCGAUGCCACGAGCUUUGACCGUGUUCGCUACUGGGUCAAUGAGCUCAAGUCUCAUGAGGAGGGCUGUAGAGUUUAUCUGUGCGGCACGAAGCUGGACCUAGUGCACGACAACCCGUUAGACAGAAAAUUGGAGAACAGUAUCGUCCGAGAGUACGCCGACGGAAUCAAUGCAAAAGUAUUCGAGACGUCGAGCAAAAUCGGCUAUAAUGUUGAGGAGGUAUUCUACGAAGUUGCCAAGGAUACCGUCAUACCAGCGUUAGAAGAGGAAGCAUCUAAGUCAAUGAAAUACGUGUCUGAUACGCUGAUUCUCUCGAAAGAUCGCCCAAGAAGGAAAAAAAAGAGGUGGAUAACAUGCUGAUGACGCCCUCUUAGACGCCGCAUCAUUUGAUUGACGUGAAGCUUUAAAAUGACCUCACGAGAUGACAAAAUUCUGCUUCGCCCUUCUGCAUUAUUUGACAAGAACAUCCUAGCGUUGUCCACUUGAUUGACUGAAAUCAAAUACAGUGCGCCAGUAAUAGAAACGGGGAUUUAAGUUGCCGCGCGCUCAAUUUUUGGCAAUUUGUUAAAAAAUAUUGCCGCGCUGCAACGCACCUUUUUUUUUACAAAUAUCGUUGACAUAAUCAUCGCAAAAAAUCGUUUUAAGGUUAUACUAAACAUUUAUGGCAAAAUGAUACAAGCUUUUUAAACAGAAAUUGCACACGAUGGACUCCA